GCCGCUCGAAAGCUAUCUGUUCGUCGGACCCAUCAGGACAGGCUAUGGCGUGUUUUGACGUGGCGGAAGAGGAAAGGUUCAUUCGUAGCAUGUGGGAGGACGGCGGCGUGACAAGUUCUCAAGGACCUGCUUACGGGGAGAUGGAGCGGAACCCGUCCCGUCUAGUUGGUCUACUCGAAAACUUUUGCAAAGCUGGUCAAACUGUUUUUUUCUUUGGGAAGGCGCAUGCGUCUGUCGUGUGGGAACUCCUGCGCACCGGUCGGAACGUCGUCGCGUUGGAGGAGGCGAAGAUGAUCGAUUACGCUCACGAGUUCGUGAAGGCACGCGUUGCAGACACUCGCAAUGCUUGCGAGUUUGUCCAGACCACCGGCGAACGAAACUGGGAUCCCAAACGUGACAUGUAUUGGAAAUUGUCAGGGAACAAAAAGACGGACGUUUGGGACUUCCUUUUCGGAACUGGACCGCCUGGUCAGACCGACCUCGAAUACAGUCGACGGAGAAACCUGGUGUUCGCUGUGCUCAAUGGGUACCACGGUGCACACACGGAGUCUGUCUCGCACUUCCUGAGAAGGCUGGAGCACGUUUACUUCAUGCUGGCCGAACCGCUCACUCUUGAAAACCACAAGUCACAAUUUGACGAGGACGACCGUUUCGACGCUGAAGACAUCGAGGAGCUGAGCAACUCUGAAACCUUCGAUUUCGACUCCAUGCCACUUCCUCGGGUGGUUGGACAGGUUGGUGAUGAAGAGGAAGGUGGCCCUCGGAGAUAUAGCACGUCCCCUGCCGGUUUGAAGCGUGUGUUUCGGGGCGAACGAGUCGACGACCAAUCGUCUGAUGACGCGGAGGAAGAGAGAGACUAUGAUCACGAACCUURUGACAGGCUCCCUGUGGACCAKGACACCUGRCAGAAUGACAGACUCURCUUCUUCGGCAAGCAUCACCGGUUCACGGCGGAGGAUGUCUGGGGACACAACGUCGUCUGGCACCCGAGGAUAUUCCAACCUGCUGUGAGGAAUGGGAUAUGGGUGAUGGCAAUAAAGGAGGCCAAUGGCAAGUGGAGUGGACUGAAGAGACUGGGAGCGGGUGCAUUUAAGAGAAAGGCAAGAACUGCUCUGAUGGAGCAUUUGAGUCUCAUGAACCCCGAGAGGAACGAUCAGGACGUCGAUGCGUAUGCAAAACAAAAGCUACAUGAGUUGUACGCCAACAACAUGUUGGAGUUUCGAGCACCGUUCUACGCACUCGAAACGACACCGUCUCGUGGCAUUGACUGGCACAUGCCGCAACCUCCGCCGGCCGGUCAGCAUCCGGGAGGGGGUGGUGGAGGAGACGAAGGAGACGGAGGAGGUGGCGGAGGAGACGACUCACAAUUUGCCGGAAAGGGGACGGGCGAGACAUCGUCGGUUGAGAAGGCGUCGGGCGGAAAGGGGUCGGGCGGAAAGGGGUCGGGCGGGAAGGGGUCGGGCGGAAAGGGGUUGGGCGGAAAGCGUAGAACGUCCGGGAGUCCCGAGUAUAUGGAAACUGACCCCCACUGCAUAGGGAGUCGAGAUUCCGACAUGCGAGAUGAGACCACCCUGACGUCUGAUCAAGUGCGAGUAGAUUCGUACUUGUCUGCGAGGAGUUUGUUUCUCGUUGCCCAGGAGAGUCCAUCCCGCCGUGCGCAGCAGAGAUCUCUUGUGCUCAACACCUUGCUCCUAAAAGAGGGCGCGUCUUCGUUUUGCCUGGAGGGCGGGAUGCCUGCAUUGCGAAGGAGUGAAGGUGUGACCUCCGGUUCCCUCGGCUCGGGCGACCACCACAAACUCCGAAUACAUUCGGAUUUGCUGCCGUCGCCCUACGCCAUAAGUGCUCCUCACACAAUAGUUCCGCGGGGCCAAGAAAAUGUGACGUUCUGGCCCCUGCAUCUUCAGUUGGACACAGGGUUACCUUGCUCGCCUCCUUUCUCAUGUGUUGAGACUCGAGACUGGCGCUCUCGCGACGUGCUGGAGGGGCCCGCUCUAGGAGUGUUGGAGACCGGGGGUAGCGAGAACGAACGUCACACUCCUGGAGAAGACGAGCGCUCUCCGGGAAUGCGUGGUGUACAUCGGGAAGAGGAGACCCAACGCUGGCAGUCUCGCAAAGUGUUGGAGACCGGGGGUAGCGAGUGUGAACGUCAUGCUUUGGAGGGUGCGUCCGUGGACACUGGCAGCGAGAGUGCAGGAGCUCCGGGGGAAACGCAUGCUGUACAGCGGGGAGAGGAGACUCGACACGGGCCGGAUCGUGAAGACGUGAAGUGGCUCCACGCACGAGCGCUGGUGAUCAGGACGCCCGAAGAGGUUCUGCACAGUCGCUCGGCUGUGGCCACGACGCGAGAGGGUGUCGUUAAGGGAGGUAAGUGGACGUCCGUGCAAGCUCUCGUUCUUGGCGACGAAGAACCCGUGGUGGAAGCUCGGGUUCAUGGCGAUGAGAAAGGUGGUGAGGUGACUGUCGACAUCCGGACCGAUCCACAGCGGAAAGAUGGUGAUUCUUCGCCCACCCGUUGCGGUGAAGAACAGGGUGGUCGAGCGUCUGUCCUGAGCACCACUCGGGGAAUGGUGCUUCAUGAAGCCAUAGAGUUGGGUAAUGACUCGGCAGCCACCGAGCUGGUUAGCGACUCAAGCGUGGCCGAGAUGCAGAACGUCGAAUCCUCCGUCGAAGGCGGUGAGGUGGCCGUCAGCAUCAACAUGGAUCCAGAGCGGAAAGAUCAUGAUUCUCCGUCCACCUAUUGCGGUGCCGAACAGGGUGUUCGAGCAUCUGUCCUCAGUACCGGUCGGGAAAUGGUGCUUCAUGAACCCAUCCACUUGCCAAGCGACUCAGCUGCCACCGAGCUGGUUAGCGACACAGCCGUGGCCGAGGUCCAGAAACUCGAAUCAUCCGUGGACGUUGGCGCAGUGGCGCGACAGGAGGGCGAGUUCCCUCAAAGGGCUCAUGAGCACGGUAAGAUUUGUGAAUAGGACCACUCGCAUAUCUGUCACUGGCCAGCUCUGUGUUCGUCCGAAUUGAUGUCAUGGGCUAAUGUACCUGUUACCACUA